AUGUCCGCCCAAACGCCCCCUCUCCUGCUGACGAAACGCCUCACGGCCUUCCUCGCCGCAAACCUCUCACCGACCCUCCACGCCGCCCUUCUCACAACCCCCUCCGGCAAACUCCUCGCCCACGCCUCGACGCCCGCCGUCCCUCUGGCUCCCGCCCCAGCGGUUGGAAGCGGCUCCGUCACCACCACCAACAGCAACACGUCGACAACGGCGACAGCAGCCUCGCCGCCGACGACGACGACAACCCAAUCCGCCUCCCCCGUCGCCCUGCUGCGCACCCAAGCCACGGUAGCAGCCUCCCUCUACGCCCUCCACGCCGCCGCAGACCCCGCCCUCGCCCCGGCGCUCCCCGAAUCCGCAACGCCGCCGUCCCUCUCCUCGUCCUCCGCCGCCGAACCCGACGCCGCUGCCCGCCCCGCCAAACCCCUCGCCAUCACGGUCCAGCUCUCGCACGGCGUGCUCCUCAUCCGCAGGCUCAAGUGCGGCCUCCUCUUCGUCUGCAUCGGGCCCCUGCCCGAGGAUGCCGCCGGGGCCGCCACCGGUCCGCACGCCGGUCAGCACGCCGACGGCGGCCUGACCCCCGCGUCGCCCGAUGACAGGGACAGCGUGCUCAGCGCCGGGGCCGCGACGACGGUCAGCGUCGCGAGCAGCGUCGCCGGCAGCGUGGGCGGCGCGGCCGUCGUCGCGAUGCGCAGGCAGGCCGAGGAGCUGGCGCGGUGGCUGGAUGAUAAGCUGGGCAGCCUGCGGGUUCCGGAGGAGGGCGUUGGCGUUGAGUAG